GAGCAAUCACCACCAAGCCUGGAAACAGUGCAAGGGCUCUGCUGACGGCUUCCUGAGGUGCCAAGGAAAUGAGGAUGGAGGAAGGAAUGAAUGUUCUCCAUGACUUUGGGAUCCAGUCAACACGCUACCUCCAGGUGAAUUACCAAGACUCCCAGGACUGGUUCAUCUUGGUGUCUGUGAUCGCAGACCUCAGGAAUGCCUUCUAUGUCCUCUUCCCCAUCUGGUUCCAUCUUCAAGAAGCUGUGGGCAUUAAACUCCUCUGGGUAGCUGUGAUUGGAGACUGGCUCAACCUCGUCUUUAAGUGGAUUCUCUUCGGUCAGCGUCCAUACUGGUGGGUUUUGGACACUGACUACUACAGCAACACCUCCGUGCCGCUGAUAAAGCAGUUCCCUGUCACCUGUGAGACUGGACCAGGGAGCCCCUCUGGCCAUGCCAUGGGUACAGCAGGUGUAUACUACGUGAUGGUCACAUCUAUUCUCUCCAUCUUCCGGGGAAAGAAAAAGCUGACCUACAGAUUUCGGUGCCUGAAUGUCAUAUUGUGGUUGGGAUUCUGGGCCGUGCAGCUGAACGUCUGUCUGUCACGAAUCUACCUUGCUGCUCAUUUUCCUCAUCAAGUUGUCGCCGGAGUCCUGUCAGGAAUUGCUGUUGCAGAAACUUUCAGCCACAUCCAUGGCAUCUAUAAUGCCAGCCUCAAGAAAUAUUUCCUCACCACCUUCUUCCUGUUGAGCUUCGCCAUUGGAUUUUAUCUGCUGCUCAAGGGGCUGGGUGUAGACCUCCUGUGGACUAUACAGAAAGCCCAGAGGUGGUGUGAGCGGCCAGAAUGGAUCCACAUCGACACCACGCCCUUUGCCAGCCUCCUCAAGAAUGUGGGCACGCUCUUUGGCCUGGGGCUGGCUCUCAACUCCAGCAUGUACAGGGAGAGCUGCAAGGGCAAACUCAGCAAGUGGCUCCCAUUCCGCCUCAGCUGCAUUGCAGCCUCACUCAUCCUCCUGCACCUCUUUGACUCCUUGAAGCCCCCCGCCCAAGUUGAGCUGGUCUUCUACAUCUUGUCCUUCUGCAAGAGCGCAGCAGUGCCCCUGGCAUCCGUCAGUGUCAUCCCCUACUGCCUCGCCCAGGUCCUGGGCCAGCCGCACAAGAAGUCUUUGUAAGGGAUGUGGAGUCUUCAGUAUUUAAAGUCAACAACUGUGCCAGGGAUUGAGGGGAACUAGUAUCUGAAGCAAUGGCCACCAGUGUUUGGACCAAGUGACAUGCCAUCCAUUCUGCCAUUGUGGAAUUAAAUCACAGAUGGCAGAUUGGAGGGUCACCUGGCUUAUUCCAAUGUGUGACUCCAGCCUCUUUCAGAUGGAAGUGCCAUAUAACAUACGCUCUCCCACCACAUGUGAGUUUCCCGCCAGGCCGCCAGGGGUCCUCCCCUCUCUAGUUGAAUACUCUCAGAGGUGGGGAGCUCACUCCCACUGGAACAGCCCAUUUCAUCUUUGAAUGGUCUUCUGCCAGCCCAUGUUGAGGCCAGAGGUGCUGUCAGCCCAGGUGGUCCUCUCCCCCUUUUACAAUUCUAAUCAUAUUGGUGUUGAAAAGCUAAUGAAGCUAUUGAGAAAGACUCCAUACUAGAAGUUGGGUUGUUCUGGAUUUUCCCUUGUUCUUUUGUCAGAUAUACAAAAGCAAGACUUCCAGGUAGGGCCAGCUCAUAAGCCCAGGCUGGAGUUCCUAAACGAGAAUUUUCUACCUGUGCUCAUCUUUACCAAGACAAGGAGAAAGGAGCACUGAAGCUGACAGGAAAAAGAAGACGGUAUAAGGAGGAGUGUUUAGUAUGUGGUGUAUCAGGCAAAUGCUAUGCUAAGCCAUGUCUAAAUGGCUUUAAUUAUAUAAUAAUGCACUCUCAGUAACGGGGUGCAGCUGAAGUAUAAUUAAUAGGUGGUUGGUGAGGUCAUUCUGCUUCUAGUAUUUUUUUACUGUGUAUACAUGGUCAUCGUAUUUCCCUGGAUUUCUGAAUGGCUGGAGUGACCCAGACAUUGUACUAGAUCAGAACAUUCAUGUAUAGCUGACAUCUCCUCUAUCACAUCACAUAUUCCUCCUUACAAGCCCAGCCCUGCUUUUCACAGAUUUUUCUACUGGCUCCACAUCCACCCUGCUGGAUCUUUGGAUGGCUAGAGGGCGACUCUGGUGGUGCUUUUGUAUGUUUCGAUUCAACUCUGAAAUCUUGGGCAAAAUGACAAGGAGAGGGCCAGGAUUCCUCUCUCAGAAGGUCACUCCAGUAUAGAGGGUAAAUAUGACUCCUUUCUCUAUUGCAAGCCAACCAAGAGCACAUUCUUAGAGGAAAAGUCAACGCCUUCUCUCUCUCUCUUUUUUUUUUUUUUUUUUUGAGACAGGGUCUCACUAUGUUGCUCAGGCUGCUCUGAACCCCUGGCUCAAGCGAUCCUCCCACCAUACUAUAGCCUCCUGCGUAGCUGGGACUGCAGGUGCAAGCCGCUAUGCCUAGCUAGCCAGCUCCUUCUUGCCUGUUUGUCUUUUCUUUCCUUUUUCUGAGAGGGAGUCUCACUCUAUCACCCAGGCUGGAGUGCAGUGGCACGAUCUUGGCUCAAGGCAACCUCUUCCUCCCAAUUCAAGCGAUUCUCAUGCCUCAGCCUCCCCAGUAGCUGGAACUACCAAUGUGCACCACCAUGCCAGGCUAAUUUUUAUAUUUUUAGUAUAGAUGGGAUUUUGUCAUGUUGGCCAGGCUGGUCUCAAACUCCUGACCUCAAGUGAUCUGCCCGCCUCGGGCCCCACAGGGUGCUAGGAUUACAGGCGUGAGCCACUGCACCUGGCCCUCCUUGCCUGUUUUUCAAUCUCAGCUGAUUUGCAGAGUAUCCUCAAAAAAAAAAAAAAAAAAAAAAAAAGAAAAAGGAAGCAUAUUUAUUUGAAAGUCCUUGUUUUUGCUACUAAUUAUAUAGUAUACCAUACAUUAUCAUUCAAAACAACCAUCCUGCUCAUAACAUCUUUGAAAAGAAAAAUACCUAUGUGCAGUAUUUUAUUAAAGCAACAUUUUAUUUAAGAA